AUGGAAGUGCUUGAUGCCAUAGCCAGUGGCGUGACCCUCAUGGCGCUGUUCAACCGCACACUCGACGUGUGGGAAAUGAUUCAGCUAUACCGAAACCACGACACCGACUUCGACAAGGAACGUCUCCAGUUGGAGUUGGAAAAGCGCCGGCUCUACAACUGGAGCUCGGAAAUGGGCUUGUGUGCUGAUGGCAGCGACACGAGGCCGAAUAUCCUGCAGGGCUGGCGCUCCGAGGCCCUAGAUAACAGCUGCUUGCGGCAAAUCAUACAUCUUCUAUCUGACGCGCAGACAGUUGAAGCGAAGCAUGGUGGCAUCGGUGCUGCCUCGUGCAUGGCAGAGACGUCGCUCCUCAGUCUGCACGGCAGCUGCAACGGUGACGACGUCCAAGACCUCAAGCGCCAGUUCUCCAAGAAGGCCAGGUCUCAGCUCAAAAAAACUCGUCCUGGAUCAUACGUGAUCGCAAGAAGUUCAGUGACAUGCAGCGCGGUCUGCGGCGGCUAA